CCAUGACUAAAUUAGCAAAUUACACUCUUAACUAUUAACAAUUCCAAAACAUGAGUAACAAAACUUCUAGAAUCAUGACUAUCAGAGGAGGAGCUACGGGAAGAGGGGACGGGGACUGGCGAUGGCGAGCAGGGAACCGGGAGUAGGGAGUGUGGGAGCGACUACAUAGACUAGGGAUGGCGACGGGAAGCAUCGUGUCGGGAAGUGACGACAGAGCGGAGGAGUUGCUACGGGAAGUGGGGACGGGGACGGGGACGGAGACUGGCGAUGGCGAGCUCGGAGUAGCUAUGCUGACUUGGGAUGACGACGAUGCCGAAGUGAAGCCGGGACGAGAAGUGUUGACGGCGGCAGGGUCUGGCGCCGCUCUUCUUCAAUUUUUAAUUUUAUUUUUUAUUUUUUUUAUUAAACAGAAUGGUCUGAAGGGGAAAACUGAGCGACCGGCUCGAGCGGUUAACCGCCUCGGCCGCUUGCCGACCACUCUAUAAAACCGUAGGGGUUAAAUGAUUGGCCCGAGCUGAUUUUGAGGCUCGGUGGCAGCUUUAGCAGUCCGGUCGGCCGGCUCGGUCCGGUCUUACUAACACUGGUUUAUACUAUAAUAUAAUUACGGGGAGGAUGGAGCUUUGAAGUAGGGAUGGCAACAAAAACCGAACCCACGGGUACCCACCCGACCCAACCCGGUCAACGCGAGUAAAAUCCUUGUUGACGGGUUUUGGGCCGGGUUUGGGUUUAAACCCGUUCACUAUUCACCGCGUUGGGUUUGGGUAAACCCGCCCCAUGGAUACCCGCCCACAUCCAUAUAAUUAAUUUUCUCGGUAUAUUUUAUAUUCUAAACAACCAAUCUUAUUUAUGUUUGGGGAGACAUAUCUAUUUUUUUUUCUAAUUGUGUAAAAUGAAGUUGAUGUUAUCGA